AUGUCGACUGCUGGCACUGUUCCCGUUGAGUCCAAGACUGCAAAGAAGCGCAAAGCCAAAGGCGAAGCCACGACCACGAACGGUGGCACCGUGACACCAACUGUCGAAACUGCGGUCUCCGCCAGCGAAAUGAAUCCUACUACGAACGGUGUGGAUUCCCACGCCGACAGCCCCUUCAUCAAAGACCUAUUAAAGAAUAUCCGCAACUUGAACAAGAAGAUUGCUGCCUCUGCAAAGGCUGAUGCUGUCAUCAGUGAAAACCCAAACGUCUCCCUCGAUGACCUUGUUGCACAAAAGAAGCUCAACGCCGAUCAGAAAGCUCAGAUCCUGAAGAAGCCAGCCCUGCAAAACCAGGUCACCCAGCUUGAAGAACAGCUCUCCCACUUCCGCGCUUUCGCUCAAGAACUUGAAGACAAGGCCCUCAAAGAGAAGUCGAAGUUGAUCGAAGCACACGAGGCUGAGAUUGCGAGAGUCAAGGAGAAUGCUCUACAAGAGAUUGAGGAUAUCAAAACAAAGGCCGUCGAGGAUGGGCUACGAGUCAUUACCCACUUUCUACACUCCGCCGCGUCAAAACGUCAGUCCGAGGAAGCCGAUACUGAUGAGGGUCGUGCCUUUGAGGGCGCCUUACUAUUGGUCUAUCAAGGGAACGAGUCUUCACUCUCAACGCUGCAGAAGCUGGUCUAUGGCACAGAAGAUAAAGUCACUGAUGUUCAUGGUGAGCUUCUCGAGUUCACUUACGCUCAGAUCAAAGAGUCUUCCUUGCAGAGUGCACCAGAUGCGGUCCAAAGUACAGAGCCGGAAAUCGGAGAGGCUGAAGCAAAAGAAGAUGUAACUGCCACAGCCGAAUCGGGGAUCGACAACACGAUAGCAAAUGCUGGUCUGACUGAACUCGACGACGCUGCUGCUAUCCAGACCCAGAACAUCAUCAACGACAUUGCAGAGCCUGAGAUUACUCCCUCUAUUCCAGAACAGUCCACGACUGGUGAAGAAGCCGCUAACGCAGUUGGCGAGGCAUGGGACCCGCAGGCAUCCAUAGUGACCGAUACCAGUGCGACUAACGAAGAAUGGGUCCAGGUGCCUCGUGUUCCUGCAGAGACUGAGACAGGACUUGCAGCAACUCCUGCCGCAAUCCAAUCCAACAGCUGGGCCGAAGAGGUAGGCGCUGCUGUUGCCACCCCUGAGGAGAAGCCCGCACAGGAGAACGAUGGGUUCGAGCAGGUACGCCGUGAGCGGGGUCGUGGACGUGGUGGACGUGGUGGACGCGGCGAGUUUAGAGGACGCGGCCGCGGAGGGCGAGGAGAUGGCCAUCGUGGCGGAGGUGGUCGGGGAGGACCACGAGGCGGCCGUGGUGGAGGUGCUCCUCGGGGCGAAAGCAAGAGCUAA